GAUACAUCUGGCACAAAUUGGUGGGAUGGCAACACAAGAGAACCCUGAUGAGAAAGUCUUCCAGACUCGCAUCGCGACUUUUCCAGCUUCAUCCCAUCCGCAAGGGUCCAAAAUCACAUGUGAUCGGUCAGUAUCUUAUCGCAACACAUCUUUUGUGGACAUCAAUGUCCGGGAUGUCUGGUCGGCGGCAUCUCGUUCGUCUGGAAGCACCCGCUUUUUCGGCUCGCAGUCGGCUAGAGCCUUGAAGGGAAAGCGUGCCAGGAGGCCGGAUCGAGCCCGGGCUCGAGAUUCACUCCACUUGUCCCUCGGCGCCUGCUCGAUCUUGCCUCCACUGUCCAGAUCCGCAUCAUCCGAACCUUCACUUGUCAUUGCAAAUUGCCAUCGCAUCGCUGGGUUUGACGGGAUGAGCGCCUGUCGUUCGUAGCCUUCGCCGCCACCGGCCUCUCCAUUUUUUGAGUUUCUCGGGCAUCUCCAGACCCUUGGGACCCUGAAGCGCUAGUGCCUUAGGUUCUCAAGGUGACAUCCUGCAGUGCCAGUUUGCGUGCCGCUGGCUCGCUGGGUCCCCCUUUGGCUUGCGGCAGGGCGACAUUCUUCAGUCAAGAUGUGAGACCCUUGAUGGCCGAUCUGUUGUUGGCUGGCUCUCCCUUUCUCAGCUGGAGCUGGAUGCCAACCCAGGGCGGCCUAGGUCAGAAAGUAAAAAGCCAAAAAAGAAAAAACCAAAAAAAAAAAAAACAUAAUGAUAAACAAGGGAAAUCCCGAGCUCUUUCCCGGCACUCCUCUCUCCUCUCUUCCUAUCGCACCAGCUGGGGGUUCUCGACUCGUGCUGCUCCUGUCUUUUUUUCUUCCGCUUUCAUAAAGUGGUCCCCGCUGUGUGUAAGGACCCCUGUCAGUGUGACGUGCAGAUUGGCGGGAUCGCAGAAAAACGUUGGGAAAAGCAGAGCAACAGCAAGCAGUCGUGGGUAACAAAACGAACCGCCCGCCCGCCGCGUGUUCGCCCUCACUCCAACUGCUCACCAUCACUCGAUUCCUCUUUUUUGUCAGUUCACCAGACACAUCAACUGACGCCGACAAUGAUCUCCUUCGACUCCGCUGCCCUGGGCCUGCCCGACUGGUCCCUCUUCAAGUUCCCUCCCCCAGCAGACGCCGGCUUCAUUCCCCCACCACCGCCCGGCACCACCUCUUUUGCUCCUCCUUUCGAGAUCCCCGACCACAUCUACCAGGCCGUGCUCGACCCCAAGGUCCCUCUCACCAUCGCCGCCGUCUAUGCCGUCUCGGCUAAGCUCCUCAAUGCCUACAACAAGUCUACGGGCAAGAAGCCCUGGGGCAUCAGCAAGACCCUUCCCUUCAAGUGGUUCGUGAUCGCCCACAACAUCUUCCUCGCCGUCUACUCCGCCUGGACCUGGUGGGGCAUGUUCAACGCUCUCCGCCGCACUGUUGUCAGCCCUCUGGGCCCUACUGGCGUCUCUGGCUUCCUCGACUCCAUGUGCCAGAUCAACGGCGAAAGUGGUGCCGGUAACGCUAUCUUCUGGGACGAGGCCGCUGGCUCCUGGCAGACCUUCACCGCUGACGGCGUCAUGGUCGCCAGCGCUGAGCCCAGCCGUUAUGCUGCCGGUCGCAUGUGGAACGAGGGUCUUGCUUUCUACGGCUGGUUGUUCUACCUCAGCAAGUUCUACGAGGUCUUUGACACCCUCAUCAUCCUCGCCAAGGGCAAGCUCAGCUCGACCCUCCAGACCUAUCACCACGCUGGUGCCAUGAUGUGCAUGUGGGCUGGUAUGCGUUACAUGUCGGUUCCUAUUUGGAUCUUCGUGUUCUUCAACUCCUUCAUCCACGCCAUGAUGUACACCUACUACACUGUGACCGCUUUCAACAUCCGCGUCCCAAUGUUCAUCAAGCGCUCUCUCACCUCGAUGCAGAUCACCCAGUUCCUCGUCGGUGGUUCCGGUGCGAUGAUCCACUCUUUCAUCUAUUACACCAUCCCCGUCAUGGCUGGCGAGUCUGUCUCUGCUUCCUCCGCCGCUGCCAGCGCUUCUGCCGCGGCCAACGCCUCCGCCGGUCUUGUUGGCAGCAUCAAGAACUCUUUCGGCCGCCAGGUCACCCCUUGCAUCACCUCCAGUGGCACCACCUUUGCCAUCUGGCUCAAUGUGUUCUACCUCACCCCCUUGACCUACCUCUUCGUCUCUUUCUUCAUCGAGAGCUACCUCCGCCGCAGCAACGCCCCCGCCAAGAACGUCAAGAACAGACGCCUUAGCAAUAGCGUCGCCAUUGCCGAGAAGGCCGGCUGGGAGGCUGCCAAGAACGUUGAGCGUGAGGUCUAUGGCGAGAGCAACGAGGGUGCUGCCAAGAAGGGCAAGAACGGUCGUGUCCUCCGCAACAGAAACUAGAUUGUUUUUGAUGGAGUACGACGAGAUGAAUAGAGCUUGUCGGCAUGGUUCACAAGUGCCUUGUAGGCAUGCCACAUUUGGAGUAAACACAUCUUUUGAUCUUCACUUGAUAGAAGAGUGUUUUCAUCCAGCAUAGCGAAGCGGUGUAUGUCUUGGGCGGCUAGAAUCGUGCUUCACUCUGCCAUGAGAACAUAGACAAGACGAGAACAAAAAAGGGAAAAGGGAAAAAAAGAGACAACGACAAAACGAAAGCAUUUAAACCGGUGUUGGGUCGGGAAUUUUUAGCGACUUUUCUUUUUGGGUAUUGGAGAUGAGCUUCGGCUCAUUUCUCAACUUUGUAUAUAUUAGCCCUCUUUUCGGUCUCUCAUUCAUUGGGGUUUUGGGAUCAUUCAUGCUUUCUCUUUUUGGAGUUCUUUUAAGAGAGAAAGAUAGAAGAAUGCUUCUGACACUGGGUUUCAAAAGAGAAAAGGGAACACUGGGAAUUUUUAAGGGAAGGAAGGCAUCAAGGGAGGCAAUAUUUGGAAGAAAUAAAGAAUUAUAUAAAAACAUACUUGGUUCCAUUGACUUGUGG